UCAGUCAUUCGUCACUUACAGAGAUACGGUUUAUGCUUUUUCAUCAUUAAAUUUUGAAAACAUGUGCAGGUUCACUCUAACAGCAGGUCUGUGUUUGAUCCUCGUCAAUUUGGCCUCUUCCCUCAAGCUGGUGUGUUACUACAACAGCCUGGCUGAAGACAGAGCCGAGGAUGGGAAGGUCACAGUUUCAGAUAUUGAUCCGGACAAGUGUACCCAUCUGAUCUUUGCCUUUUCUGACAUCAAUAACCUAAAUGAACUGGUACCCAGCAAAGAAAGUGACAUACAACGCUAUCAGUCCUUUAAUGGACUCAAAACAAGAAAUCCACAGCUCAAAACCCUGUUGGCGGUUGGUGGCUUGACCUUUAGCCCGCAAAAAUUCAGUACAAUGGUGGCAACACAACAAAACAGAGCAGCAUUCAUCCAGUCUGCUGUCACACUUCUGAGAGCAAAUAGGUUUGAUGGGCUAAACCUUGACUGGAGGUACCCUGGAGGAGCUGGAAGCCAACCACAGGACAAACAGAGAUUCACACUGCUGUGCAAGGAGCUAAAUGAGGCCUUUGUAGCUGAGGGAACAGCAACUAAUCGAGACAGAUUGAUCCUCACUGCUAGUGUCUCUGCUGAGAAAGCAACCAUCGAUGCCAGUUACGAAGUUGCACAGAUUGCCAUGUACCUUGAUUUCAUCAAUGUGCUGACAUUUGACUUUCACGGCCCCUGGGAAAGUGUCACAGGACAUCACAGCCCCUUAUUCCAGGGAUCCCAGGACACUGGAAAUCAAACCUACUUGAACACUGAUUUUGCCAUGCGGUACUGGAGGGACCAGGGAGUACCCACACAAAAGUUAAACAUGGGGAUUGCAGCAUAUGGGCGAGCUUUUGACCUCUCCUCUGCAUCCAGUGAUGUUGGAGCACCAGCCAGUGGUCCCGGUGAAGAAGGCUGCUACACCGGUGAAGAAGGAUUCUGGGCCUCUUAUGAGAUCUGCCUUUACCUUGAGGGAAUUACACCGCAGCUUAUUGUUGAUCAGAAAGUUCCAUAUGCGGUUGCAGAAAAUCAAUGGGUUGGAUUUGACAAUGAAGACAGCAUUGAUACUAAGACUAAUUACAUAAAGACUAAUGACUUUGGAGGAGCCGUUGUCUGGUCUCUGGACCUGGAUGACAUUAGCGGAAAAUUCUGUAACAUGGGAAACAACCCCUUCAUCAGCCAACUGCACACUCUCCUGGUUCCAGGUUUUCCUGGCCUCACUCCUAUGACUACUAUUCCCUCAAACACAACAAAAACCAUUGCUAUCACAACAACUCCAAAUACACCAAUCAUAACAACCAUGACAUCAAAUCCCCCUGUUAUAACCAUGACACUGGCCACUGUCCCGACUGCAAUCCCAAAGACGACUACCACUCUUCUGACUACAAAGGCAACAAAACUCCCUACCACAAAAGUGGCCCUUACAACUGCUGCUCCCACAACAUCAGCACCUACAACUCCUGUUCCAACAACACUAGCCGCGACAAAUCCUGCUCUAACAACACUGGCCCCUACAACUCCUGCUCUUACAACUCCUGCUCUUACAACUCCUGUUCCCACAACACCAGCCACUACAACUCUGCUCUUACAACUCCUGCUCCCACAACACUGGCCCCUACAACUCCUGCUCCAACAACACCACCCCUACAACUCCUGCACCAACAACUCCUGCUCUGACGACACCAGCCCCUACAACACCAGCCCCAACAACUCCAGCUCCAACAACAGUGGCCCCUACAACUCCCGCUCCCACAACACCAGCCCCUACAACUCCUACAACUCCUGCUCCCACAACUCCUGCACCAACAACUCCUGCUCCGACAACACCAGCCCCUACAACACCAGCCCCAACAACUCCAGCUCCAACAACAGUGGCCCCUACAACUCCCGCUCCCACACAACACCAGCUCCUACAACUCUUGCUCCCACAACACUAGCCCCUACAACUCCUGCACCAACAACUCCUGUUCCCCUACAACUCCUGCACCAACAAAUCCUGUUCUCCUACAACUCCUGCUCCCACAACUCCUGCACCAACAACUCCUGCUCCGACAACACCAGCCCCUACAACACCAGCCCCAACAACUCCAGCUCCAACAACAGUGGCCCCUACAACUCCCGCUCCCACAACACCAGCUCCUACAACUCUUGCUCCCACAACACUAGCCCCUACAACUCCUGCACCAACAACUCCUGUUGUGACAACACCAGCCCCAACAACUCCUGCUCCAACAACGCCCCUACAUCUCCUGCACCAACAACUCCUGCUCCGACGACACCAGCCCCUACAACACCAGCCCCAACAACUCCAACUCCAACAACAGUGGCCCCUACAACUCCUGCUCCCACAACACCAGCUCCUACAACUCUUGCUCCCACAACACCAGCCCCUACAACACCAGCCCCAACAACUCCAGCUCAACAACGCUCCUACAACUCCUGCACCAACAACUCCUGCUCCGACAACACCAGCCCCUACAACACCAGCCCCAACAACUCCAGCUCCAACAACAGUGGCCCCUACAACUCCCGCUCCCACAACACCAGCCCCUACAACCCCUACAACUCCUGCACCAACAACUCCUGCUCCGACGACACCAGCCCCUACAACACCAGCCCCAACAACUCCAGCUCCAACAACAGUGGGCCCUACAACUCCUGCUCCCACAACACCAGCUCCUACAACUCUUGCUCCCACAACACCAGCCCCAACAACUCCAGCUCCAACAACAGUGGCCCCUACAACCUGCUCCCACAACACCACUCCUACAACUCUUGCUCCCACAACACUAGCCCCUACAACUCCUGCACCAACAACUCCUGUUGUGACAACACCAGCCCCAACAACUCCUGCACCAACAACUCCUGCUCCGACGACACCAGCCCCUACAACACCAGCCCCCAGCCCCCCCAACUCCAGCUCCAACAACACCCCUACAACUCCUGCACCAACAACUCCUGCUCCGACAACACCAGCCCCUACAACUCCCGCUCCCACAACACAAGCCCUUACAGCUGCCUCCUCUGA